AUGUUGCGGCCUAAGGAACUACGAAGUGAUCCGGCUUCUCAGGAAGCUCGUAUAGAAAAACUUCGUGAAAUGUGUCAAGAGGCAUCUGAGUCUUCGGUCCGACGAGCGGCAGCUAACAAGGCUCGUUUUGAUAGCCAAUUCGAGCCGCAUGAGGCUACCGGUAAGUCUCGUUCGGAGAUUGUCUUGUACGCCGUUGGUGACAAAGUCAAGCUUCGUAACGAGGCCCAUACCAAGGGUGAACCUCAUUGGUUCGGACCGUUUGAGGUCUUGGAGUCGGAUGGCAACAAUGUGUACAUCCUUAUGGAUCAUAGGAAAUUGCUUUUUCCUCAUCCCAUAGGGGGUAAUAGGCUUAAAGCAGUGAAUAUCCGUGAUCUCAACGUGGGAGAGGCUUGGGUGUUGCCCCCUCGUUUGCUUCAGGAAAUCACUAAAGAAGACCUUCGUGUCUUAAAAGCCCUCCAAGUUCGGUUGAAGCGGUUGGUUCAAACGCAAGAAAAAGCUGCCCCGUCAAAAAUCAAAACAGUGGGUUGUUUUGCAAGCAAUGACCUGCCUCCUCCAGUGGAAUCUGCCUUGACUCCCGAGAAAACUCCACCCUCGCCACCGGUCCCAACCAUAGUAGAAGAAACAGUCAACGCUGAAGCUAGGAAGGACCCUCUACUUUUGCGACGUUCAAAUAGGCUCCAACUCAAGAAAACGUGA